AUGGGCGACAUGGAGUCCUACAAGGUGAUGCUGAACGGGCCAGCACCCUGGGGCUUCAGGCUGCAGGGAGGGAAGGAUUUCAGCAUGCCCCUCUCCAUCUCCAGGCUGACGCCGGGCGGGAAGGCGGCCCAGGCUGGCGUGGGAGUAGGAGACUGGGUGCUGCACAUCGACGGGGAGAGCACCAGCUCCAUGACGCACAUCGAGGCCCAGAACAGGAUCCGCGCCUGUGGGGACAGGCUGUGCCUCACCCUGAGCAGAGCCCAGAACCACCUGGGGAAGCCGCAGAAGGACUCACUCCCCUGCUCUGAACCCCUGAAAUAUAACUUCGCUCCCAGCACCGCCCUCAACAAAACAGCUCGGCCCUUCGGGGCCGGCUUGCCUCCGAACCCACGGCCCGGGCUGGUGACGAAACCCGUGACGUAUGUGCCCCUGGCGCCCACCUGCACCCCCCAGCACAAUGGCCAGGUCUCCGUGCUGGACCCGUCCCCAGGAGCAGCGAUGAAGACAGAGCCAGGACUGGCCCCCAGGACCCCUGCCGCCACUCCCGGCCCUGCCAGCCGCCCACCCUGGGCUGUGGACCCCUCGUUUGCUGAGCGCUAUGCCCCAGACAAGACGAGCACAGUGGUGAGCAAGCACAGCCAGCCGGCCACGCCGACCCCCAUGCAGAACCGCAGCUCCAUCGUCCAGGCGGCGCAGCAGGCCCCCGAAGGGCCCGGCCGCACACCCCUCUGCUACAAGUGCAACAAGGUCAUCAGGGGACGCUACCUGGUGGCACUGGGACAUUAUUACCACCCCGAGGAGUUCACCUGCUGCCAGUGCAGGAAGGUGCUGGAUGAGGGUGGCUUCUUCGAGGAGAAGGGCUCCAUCUUCUGCCCUAAGUGCUAUGACACACGCUACGCGCCCAGCUGCGCCAAGUGCAAGAAGAAGAUCACCGGGGAGGUCAUGCACGCACUGAAGAUGACCUGGCACGUGCAGUGCUUCACCUGUGCUGCCUGCAAAACUCCCAUCCGCAACCGUGCCUUCUACAUGGAGGAGGGACAACCCUACUGCGAGAGAGACUAUGAGAAGAUGUUUGGCACCAAGUGCCGCGGCUGUGACUUCAAGAUUGAUGCUGGGGACCGGUUCCUGGAGGCGCUGGGGUUCAGCUGGCACGACACUUGCUUCGUCUGUGCGAUCUGCCAGACCAACCUGGAAGGGAAGACGUUCUACUCCAAGAAGGACAAGCCGCUCUGCAAGAGCCACGCUUUCUCCCACGUGUGAGGGGUGGGACUUCAGCUGUGCCCACGCGUGUCCCUGGCCCUGCAUGCUCCUCUCCCCCUCCCCUGCUGCCCCCAGGGAGCCAGGCUGGUCCCUCACCCUUUCCCCUUGCUCCUGCCUCUUUCCUGGCAGCUCCUGGCCUGGCCCCGGCCAGAGGCGGCCCUCAGCCCAGAGCCCCUUAUAGCUGGGUGCUUCUUCAGCAUCCCCCGGCUGGCCCUAAGAGCCCCUGGGAAGGGGAUGCUGCAUGGUUCUCCUGCCCCCGAGCCACACAGCGCUGUGGCUGCGGCCAUGCUGAGGGUGGAGGUGGGGGGGGGCUUG